AUGCGAAGAUAUUUAUCUGAACACGUAAGAAAAAUUAAUGUCUAUAAUUUAAGUAACACUAAGAACUGGAAGAUGAUACCACAUAUAAAUGAACAAAGGAUUUUAAAAAGAAGUAAUUCAGUUAUAUCAGAUAAAUAUGUUAAUGAUGUAAUUAAAAGAGAAAAUGAAGAAGAAAAAAAAAACAAUAAUGUAAAUGAUAGUAUUUGUUCAAAUUCUCCAAAAGAAACAAAAAAUGAAUUUAGUUAUAAUAUAAUAUCAAAUGAAAUGUAUAAAAAAAAGUAUGAUAGAAUACUAUUAAUAGAAAAAUAUACUAAAUAUGAUAAUUUAAAAAAACAAGGUUUUAAAGAUGAUUACAUUUUUAAAAAUUUUUUUAGAAUAUAUAUAUCUCACUUUACUCACACUCUAAUAGUAAAUAAUAUAAUUAAUAUAUUAAGAACAAAAUAUAAAUCUCAUGUUUCUAUAUUAAAAGCUUAUAAAAAAAAUAUAGAAAAUAUUUUUAUAAGUAGUUCUAGCGUUUUUUCUCCCGAUGCCAUAUUUAGUGUUGGUGGAGAUGGAACAUAUUUGGAAUCAGCCCAUAUAAUAGCCAAUAAAUAUAUAAUAGAUGAAAAUACAAAUAGAAAAGAUAAAAGAAUUGAAUUAAUAGGAAUAAAUAGUGAUCCUAAAGGAUCUGAAGGAAAGUUAUGCUUAGAUUAUUUAAAUUAUGAAUAUGGUGAUGGAAUUAACUAUAAUUAUGAAUCAUUUGAUCAAUUUGAAAAAAUGCACAACAAAAAGAAGAAAAAAGUCAAUAUUAUAUUUACUGAUGUUUCCAAUUUUAUCAACAAAUCAAAAGAAAGAGAGAAAAAAAAAAUGACAAAUAACAAAGACGAAAUAGCAAAGAAAGAAGAGAAAAGUUUUGAACAUGUAAGUACAAUAGAUAAUAUUAUACGGAAUCAUAGCUUGUGUUAUGGUGAAUUACCAGAAGAAAAUUCUGCUUUAAAAAAUGAAGAUAAUUUUCACUAUAAUCUUAAAAAUAAAAAUGAUAGUACAGAUACACAACAUAAUAAAAAUAGUACUUUCUUACAUAAUAAUAUCCAUUAUUUCUCAACUGAUAUAUCAGAGAAACCUGAUAAUUUAAUAAUCAGUGUUGAAGAAUAUGCGAAACAAACCUUAAAAAAUUUUUUUGAAACAGAUAAAUACAAAAAAAUAUAUAGGAAAUAUAUAACUGUCUUAAUCAAAAAAUCUGAUGAAGUGAAAACAUAUAAAAGUAUUAAUGAGGUAUAUGUGUAUGAAGCCGUAAAAAAUAAUAUUUGUACAUAUAUAAAUAUUGAUAAUAAAAUUCUUAAAAAACUAAAAAGUACAGCUUUAUUAAUAACAAGUGGAACUGGAUCCACUGCAUGGGCAUAUAAUGUAAAUAAAAUAGAUAAGAAAAAAAUGAAAAAUAUAAUUGAAGAAUUUUUAAAUGCACAAAGUGAUACCGUAAAAAAAAAUAUAAAAAAUAUAAACUUUGAUUUAUUUUCAGAAUAUAUUAACAGUUCUAUUUGUUUUCAUCCAAGUAGCAAAUACAUGAAAUGUAUAGUAAAAGAGCCUAUAGAAAACAAUGUUUAUGAUUCAACUGAUCACAUAUAUACUUGUAAUUAUAUUAAUAUAAAAACAUGUACUAGUAAUACUAUUGUUUAUAUAGACGGUAUAUAUAACAUUAAAAUUCAACCAAAUGACUCUAUUAUACUAUAUAUAAAAGAAGACGAUUUUAUUAUAAGUUAUAAAUAG